AGCCUUUUCGGUUCCCGGUGGCUGCCGUGCCUGCCGGUGGCUCCACUGGUGGCUGCGCGCGCCCGCCCGCGAGCGGGACCCGUGGGGAUGGUGCCGCCUGCAGGAGCAUGGUGGCCUGCGUCGGCUACCUGGUCUUCAGUCGGGCCUGUCCCUCUACAGGAUAGUGCCGCCUGCAGGAGCAUGGUGGCCUGCGUCCUCUGCCUGGUCGUCUCCCACCUCUGCGCGGGCGCUGCCUCGCGCAGGGCUGCCGUGCCGAGCUGCCGAUCCCGGGGUGCCGCCUCGGCCGCCGGAGCCUCGCUCCCCGCGACACAACGACGCCACCGCGAGCGGGGCGCCGAAUGCACCACUUCCCAUAACUAGGGAAUGCUACUGGGAAGGCAUUCGUCGAAGUGGAGGUGGUCGAUGGGGCUUGCGUGAAGCGCGUGGCCCACGGCAAGGCCUUCCAGCGCUUGCUUCACGGGGAUGGGAUCGCGCACGGGAUGCCCCCUGCCGCUUCCGGUCAAGUGGCUGCGCACCGAGCUCAUCGCCGAGGGACGCUCUCACCUGCCGCCCAUGCCGCUGCUCGAACGGCGCUGGAGCUGGCGGGCGCCGCCAAGCACGGGCACGCAACUCCACAGGGCCCACCUUGCGCUUGCUGCGACGCUACCUGCUGGAAGCCGAGAUCACGGGGGACAUCGGGUGCGCGCUGGAGACCGCGAUCGUUCUGGAGCUCAGCUCGGGGCCAUGCUGCACCUCAGGACCGCGUUGGAGGUCCGGGCCAUUCAGCUGGUUCUCGACCACGCUGGGCUGAUGUACCUGCCGACGGCGACGAUGACGAUGCAGUGCGCGACCGAACCCCGCCUAGAGCGGGAGUCCAGGCUUGCGCCAAUACGUCGGCGCUCACCGCCGACUCCUCUUCGCAAGCCGUGGAGGAGCCUGAUUCGAUCGACCUCAUCCCGCGCACGGCUAAGGUCACGAACGCGAUGGAUGAGGUCAUUCUUAUGAUGGCCAAGCCCUGUGUCCUCUACAAUGUGGACCCGUGCGCCACGGGCUUCACCAGCUGCACCUCGGAAUACGCUAGCGCCUACUACGCUUCGAUCACCGACUGCUCCAUGUGGCAUGAUGUUCGCGCUGAUGUUCCUGUGCAUGGUGAUUUUUCUGUCAGGGCGUCGACCCCAUUUUGCACGACGUCGAUUUCGAGGUUGAGCUGGCGCUGUUCGAAGAACGAGCUGGUCGUGCUGCCGCCGAUGAUUACUCCACGAGCUGCACCAGCGCCGACUCCGCCCCGCACGCCGUCUGCUCCAUGGACUACACCACGGCGCCUGAGGUGCCCCUGGACUAUGAAUCUUUCCUGCCUGACUCAGGCCUCGAGACGGGGCUCAGCAUUUUCGAGGAUCGUGUUCGGGAACCUGCUGUGGAUCGUGGCCCUCGGCUGAUCUCUCUUGGCGACGAGGCUGCUGGCGCAGGAGACGACCGUCGCGGUCUGCGGCCGGCUCUGCGCGUCGUUCGUGCGGGUCCGUCCGGAGGCGAUGACGAUCCCAUAGGUUUUCUGCGGUUGGCAGCGCUUCUCUACAGGAUGCUGGCGCCGAGCUACCUGCUGCUUGUGCCGACCUUGCCCUACUUUUUUGGCACCGUGCUCCUGCCGCGGCACGGCGGAACUACGAAUAUUGGCAACAGACGGGUAGAGUAUCUUUGCGCGCGCGUGCGAGCGUUUGAGUGUUGCAUGUGCCUGGCGUGUAUGUGUAUGGUGCCCAUAUUCGUUUUCUUACUCGCGCC